AGACCCCCAAUGCAUCUCUCCCUCCUUUUACCUCGUGGAGAUAUACUCCCCAUGUAGAAUUGGUCGACGUCGACACGAGCGACCUACAGAUAAUCCGUCGUCAACCCAGCGGCAUGACAACUCAGUUACCUGUCCUUCAGCCAUGUGAAGUAGAUGAAGAAGCACCAUUGAACUCCCCACUAGAUAACGCACUAUCGUCUUCUUUGCCUCCCAGCUCCAGUCCUCCACAGAUUUUUUCUUCGUCCCCGUUUGCCUCAUCUCAGUCGUCGCUCAUCGAAACUGGAGAUGAUUACAAAGUUGAAGACAGGGCUAUGAUAAUGGAAUCAGACGAUCAAGAUCUAAUCAGUCCUCCAGAUGUGAUCCACCCAGAUACCGUGGAAGAGCCUUGUGAAAAUGACGACGAUCAUACUGACGCAGAUUACCAGCAAGAGAAGCACAAGCUCGAACAUCUCAUCAUUCAGGGGGGAAGUCCCCAAACUAACAAGGGCCCUUACGACAACCAGGAGCAGGAGGUCAACCCGUUGCCGCAGAAGCGACCGUGGUCGGAAGAACAGGUCGAAACCCUUCCCCUGCAUGCCAAGGACGUACCUCCAAGCCUGGAAGACACCCGGUCGGCUAAACGCAUGAAAACGCACGAUGGUAAAGUCUAUCUGCCACCAGCUCCAAAGCGCGCUACCUUGGCGUCUCAGCAGCAGCAGUUCAAGAAACUCAUCGCUCCGUUUCGUUCACCUUUGAUCCUGAAUAAGGAUGAAAAUACACCAUCGGAGGAUCUGUCCAAGGCUAAGAAUCCUUUAUUGGUUCUUCUGGCUCCACCACCAGCUCCAAAAUUGCCUAUCACACCUCGGAAAUUACAGCAUGCCCAUGCAGCUCCAUCCGUAACACCAGCUAAGACAAGAGUUCGCACUCUCAAAGCGGCGUCACAAUUCAAAUCUCCGUUAAGCUCUUCUGCUUCUGCAUCGUCCGGUAGAGGAUCGUCCAUUCGACUGACGCCUACGGUCCAGUCGCUAGAAAGGAAAUUACAACUUCUUAGGCGCGCGGUUAAAGUGAAAGAGAACGACGAGGAGAAGACACUCGUUGGGCUUGUCAAGAAAUGGACAGAAGCAGGGAGGGAGGUCGCGUAUGAGCUUUGGGAUUUGGUGAAUGAUUCUGCGAACAAGGGAGACGGGUCACGAGGUAAUGGGAACGGUUUCAACGGAACUUGGGGGUGGGAUGGGGGCGCAAGCAAGGGCAAAGUGGGCUCCCGGGACCAGAACUGGGGUUGGGACUCCCCUGGCGUCAAACACGAAGGCUGUCCAGAGAACGAGAUGGAUACUGCUACAGAGAAUCUCUUGGACGAAGGCUAUAUCAACAAGAUCCACUCAGAAGAUGACGAGCAAGCAAGGAAUACCAUGGGUACGAUGCUCCGGCAGCUUGGAAUUGCUACAGAGACAUUGGGAUGGGAUGAAGAUGCAGAGGUUUUCGUCAAUUAAAGCUAACAUUCAUUCAGGGUUGGAUUCUUCUACAUCAAGGUAAUAUGUGAUGUUGGGAUCAUGCAGUAUUUACUGCCCAUCGUCUUGCUCUUCGGUGUUCCUUAGUGCCUCUUCAACAAUCACG